ACACCUGAAACCAGUUCAAGUCGACCAGUUGGGUCGGCGAAUCAACCUGACCCAAUUGCCAUCACAGCGCGACCGCCAAUAGCCAUAGCUGCGAUGCGGUAACCGCGUUCACAAGCCCAGGGCAAGCUAGUUUGAACACGAUGAACCCUGAAACAUCAAUGGCACAAAAAAAGGUGGAGAACGAACCCACAAAACAAACCGAUUGUGAUUCUUGUGUCGCUUUUCAGCGUGAGGCACGGGUCGAUUAUUCAAAUUUCAAGCGUAUGGGACGGGACAGUGUCUCAAGCCAAUUAUUCAAAUUUCAAGCGCAUGGGACGGGGCAGUGUCUCAAGCCGCGCUAUAUAUACUUGCACUCCAAUCCCCACAAUCCUCCAACGUAUACUCACUACAAUCAAUCUCUCUCUGUCUCUCAUAGCUUUAGUUAACAUGGCACGGCUUGCAAUUUCGCUCUCAACUGUGCUGUUUGCGGCCAUGUUCUUUGUAGGACAUUGGCUCCCCUUGGUGGCACCCCGCCAGCUAGAGGAAGCCACCAUGUCCGUAAGGUUCGACCAAUGGAUGGCAAACCAUGGGGUCGAAUACGAAAGCAUCGAAGAGAAGGAGAAACGCUUCAAUGUCUUCAAGGAAAACCUCAGGUUCAUAGAGUCUGUCAACGCAGAGAAGCGAUCCUACAAGCUGAGCCUCAACAAGUUUGCUGACUUGAGUCUCGAUGAAUUCCGGAAGCAGUACAUGGGCUUGAGGGGAGAUGUUGCUCCUCCUAAGAAGGCCCCGGUGGGGCCUUUCAUGUAUGCCAAUGUGUCGGCACUGGCACUGGCACCGGCACCGGCACCGGAAUAUGAUACCAUGGAUUGGAGGGAGAAAGGCGUGGUAACUCCGAUCAAGGACCAACAAGAUUGUGGAUGUUGUUGGGCAUUUUCGGCUGUGGCAGCAGUCGAGAGCAUAACAAAGAUCAAGACUGGAAACUCGGUGUCUUUGUCUGAGCAAGAAUUGGUCGACUGCGUCACUGGUGGCACCAGCCGAGGUUGUCAAGGCGGCUUGAUGGACGAGGCAUUUCAGUUCAUCAUAAACAAUGGUGGCCUCGCCAGUGAGGCCGACUACCCAUACCAGGCAAUGGACGGCGCAUGCGAUGCCCAAAAAUCAUCCUCUAAAACGUCCACAAUUACCGGUUACCAAAACAUUCCUUCUGGUGAUGAGGACUCAUUGCUUCGUGCCGUUGCCAACCAGCCAGUAUCCGUCGGUGUUGAUGGUAGUGGCUUCGAAUUUAAGCACUAUUCUGAGGGGGUAUUCACAGGAGAUUGUGGCACCGAAAUGAGUCAUGCUGUCACGGCUAUCGGCUAUGGAACGACUGAAGACGGGACCGACUACUGGCUAAUCAAGAACUCCUGGGGCCAAACAUGGGGUGAUAAAGGUUACAUGAAGAUGCAGCGCGGCGUCAACCUAUGUGGCAUCGCAAACAUGGCGUCCUACCCUGUGGCAUAGUCUAUACCUUCUCUCUUUUGUUGGGGCUAUACUUGGGAUCCUAGUUCCUUUUCAGUAUCGAUGAUUUGUAUUCUGCUUUGUUCUUCUUACAUUUCAGUUGGGUCUUUCAUAAGUUAGUUGUUGCUGAGUACUUUAAAGUGUUUAGGCGCAUUACGAAUAAAGAUUAUCUUUUUAA